AUGGCAAAGAAACCGAAGAGCGAGAAGAAGUCGAAGUCAGCGCUGAAUGAGGUGAUCACUCGGGAGUAUACGGUGCACUUGCAUAAGCGCCUCCACGGGGUGGGCUUCAAGAAGAAGGCCCCGCGAGCCAUCAAAGAGAUCCGCAGAUUCGCCUCCAAACACAUGGGAACAGUGGACGUCAGGAUCGACACGCGUCUCAAUAAGUACUUAUGGUCGAAGGGCAUUCGAAACGUGCCCUACCGGGUGAGGGUACGACUGGCCCGACGCCGCAAUGAGGACGAGGACAGUCCCAACAAGUUGUACACUUUGGUGACACACGUGGCCGUCCCCUCAUUCAAGGGCCUCCAGACCGAGAAUGUGGACGAAGCCGAGUAG